UGUACACAUUCAUCACAAGGAAGUGCAUGACUUGGUUGUAGUUUGGUAUGUGGCGUUUUAGUAUAAAAGAACCUGAGCGGGAGGAUUAUCCACAUACCAUCUGACAACAUGAAGGUCCUGCUGCUUACGCUGCUCUUCGUGCUGCUGUGUAGCACCCAAGUGCUCACACUCAAUUGCUACAUCUGUGAGGAUGAAAAUGACACAAGCUGUAAGACAGAGACAGUUUGUCCACUGUCAGCGCAGUACUGUAAAACCACCCAGAGAGGUGACAGAAUUUUUCGAUCAUGUGAGGAGUUCUGUGCUGAGGACUAUUUCACAACCUGUUGCAGAGAGGAUUUGUGCUAGGCCUGAAGCACCCCUCCCGUUCACUUUCACUUUCUGUUUAAUCAAAUACAAUGAAAAAAAUGAAAUUACAUUAAUCUGAAUGCAAUGUCAUUUGUUUAUUUACCCAAACGGAAUCUAUCAAAAUCACGCACACUUGAUUAGAGUUUGACUUCAUUAUGAUCCCAAAUACGUGACUGGUGAUUACAGUCAUGGAUUUUCUUGUAUUUUUUGUUUUUCUUAAUGAAUGGAUGUGGGAAGCAGGGUGAAACACACCCACACCCUCUUAAUCCCUUCCUGAGUGACUUAGUAGGUCAGAGCAAUAAGCAAUGCUAUGUGGGUCACUGUCUAUCUCCACUGUAAUAAAAGUUGGGCUAUUUUUUUAAACUGCUAAAAAAAAAUAUUAAAAGUUUUUCUCUUAA